GGGGGGCCCGGUGCCGACCGAAGCCUGCGGAGGACAGGAGGUGCUGAGGACAGUCCAGGGUCACCUGUCAUUGGAUCCCACACACGCGGGCCGCCGCAGACUUCCGUGGCAUGUUCUGCUGACCUGCGUGGUGACUGUGGAGAGGACACAAAUCAAUACUGAUCAGCGGUUCAGGCCCCGAGUCCACGUCCUUGCCUUUGCUCAUCCCGUCGGCUUCCGACCUCUGAUGCUCUUCGUCCUUCUCCAAGAGCGUCGGCCCCACGUCCGGCGUCCAUCCUCAUGGCGUGUGCAGAUGUCACCCGGGAGAGCUCAGCUGUUCCUUCCUCCCCGCCUGCUCCCUGUGGCUUCCACAGCAUGGCCCUUCCAUGCAGCCGCUCCCACCCCCCGGUGCUCCCGUGAGCUUUGCAGACUCAGGUUCCGAGCUGGAGGCCUCUGUGGUUCGCUCGUGGGUCUUGCAAGCCGUCUUGUCCGCUCUGGGCUUCAGGCCUGAUGUCAGCGUGGCUCCCAGCCUCACACCGCGGUCCCGGGGCCACAGCAGGGGCUGCGCACGUCAUCCACCUGCCCACGUGCCGUGAGCCUCGACGGCCCAAACAUGCUCGCAGCUCAUGAUCUCACAUCUCCGCUGCAAACCGUCCUCUGCCCAGCGUGCUCUCAGGAGAGGGUCCGGCCCCGUCCCUCCGCUCUGCGAUUUGGAAACCCGACCAGUUUCCCUGAUGCUUUACUGCCCUCCACUCCCCAUCUGACCUCUUUCCUGACCAACCACCAUCAGUUCCGCGGCACACUGCCUGUACUCGGUCUUCCCCGUCGCCUGUCUGGUCCAAGCUGUCUGCGUUUGGGCGCAAUUUACUGUAACUUCUUGUCCGCUUUCUCCGCUGCAGCCGGCCCCUUUCAGUGGUUGUGCUGUGUGGUCUGAAGCGCACGUGGCCAUCACGGUACCUCCUGGCCCUGCCUCCCCUCACGUGGCUGCCCUCCUGUGGUCGGGGCUGAGAUCAUGCACCGAGACAGUCAGGGAGACUGAGAAGGGGAUAUUUGAACAUAGGUUUGUAGAAGGUUUCUUCUGCACCUGAUCUGUCGAGUGCUUUCGUCCUGAGUGGAUGUUGGAUUUCGUCCCAUGCUCGUCCUGCGUCUGUUGAGACGACCGUCUGACGAUCUUCUUCCAUUCUGUGGAUGUGAUCGGUCGCGUGUUGAUCUGCAGGAAUCGUCUCCCACGUCUGGUUCCUCGGCUAGGUGCUUCCUGGUGACAGGCGGAGGUCCCAAGCAACAUGCCGGAACAGAGCAAUGACUACCGCGUGGCCGUGUUCGGGGCCGGGGGUGUUGGCAAGAGCUCGCUGGUGCUGAGGUUCGUGAAGGGCACGUUCCGGGAGAGCUACAUCCCCACGGUGGAGGACACCUACCGGCAGGUGAUCAGCUGCGACAAGAGCAUCUGCACGCUGCAGAUCACCGACACCACGGGCAGCCACCAGUUCCCGGCCAUGCAGCGGCUGUCCAUCUCCAAGGGCCACGCCUUCAUCCUGGUCUACUCCAUCACCAGCCGGCAGUCGCUGGAGGAGCUCAAGCCCAUCUACGAGCAGAUCUGCGAGAUCAAAGGGGACGUGGAGAGCAUCCCCAUCAUGCUGGUGGGGAACAAGUGCGACGAGAGCCCCAGCCGUGAGGUGGAGAGCGGCGAGGCCGAGGCCCUGGCCCGGAAGUGGAAGUGCGCCUUCAUGGAGACCUCGGCCAAGCUCAACCACAACGUGAAGGAGCUCUUCCAGGAGCUGCUCAACUUGGAGAAGCGUAGGACCGUGAGCCUCCAGAUCGACGGGAAAAAGAGCAAGCAGCAGAAAAGGAAAGAGAAGCUCAAGGGCAAGUGCGUGGUCAUGUGAAGACCCGUCCGUGGGAGGAGCCACGGCGUGUCCCCCCAUCCCCAGCCCCAUCCCCUUCCCCACCUCCCGUGACACCCGCCGUCGUCAGGGCAGCAUGUCUGAUGCCCACGUGUUCAACAUCGCCUUUGGACCGAGCCGCGCGCCCUGUCCUCCCCGAGAGGGUCCUUCAUGCCACCACCGAUAAGCACCCCCUCUCCAGAGUCAGGGAUUCUGCCCAGCCCUUCGGAUGGACGCCCUGCCUUGCCCGGCCUCUUGGGGGAUGGAGAGGCGCUGGCUGUCUCCAAAGGCGGCUUCACCAGGAGGGGAUGGUCUGGGUUGGCGGGAGCUGGUCCCAUCUGCAUGCGUGUGGCAGGGACCCCCAGCCACGGCCCACCCCAACCAGGCCAUCCCCCCAGCUCGCUCAAAGCUGGACACUCCUGGGGCCGGGAGGGGCAGGAGGGGAGGAGCCCAGGCCAAGUUCAUUGCAUUUCAGGUCCUUUAGCUGAAUUACCAAUAACAUGUCACAGUGGCCCCCGGAGGCUGCUCGCUGACGGGUCCCUGACGCGUGAGGUUCGCUGCUCGAGGGGGAGGCACUCCCAGCACCAGACCUCGUUAGCGGGUGUCCCUGUCACUUUGGGGAGGGUUUAUUUCACAUACAGUGGUGGCAUCCUGCUGGGUCAGACACCCUGCAAGGCGGGAGUGAGGGUCUCUGGACCGACUAGCGCAGUGUCCCGGCAUCGGCGAGUUCCCCUCGAGGGUUUUAGAGAUGUGCUUUAUCUUCCCUUUGACCCAGGAGGGGUCGGCUUCUUCCAGCCCCUCAGGUUUUAAAUAAAGGCAAUUAAAGUAGCCAUUAUUUUUAGACAGCUGUUUGCCUUCCGAGAUGGUUUCCUUCUUCUCAGUCACUCCGUCUGUAUGCCGCUGGAACAGCCAGCAAAGGCCGUCCGAAGACCAGAAGCACAUCUGUUUUCUAAGUCACACGGACGCCUCUACGCCAUACUCUGCCCCUCGAGGAAAUACUUCGAAUCAGAAGUCGUUCACCGUGUUUUUGGUGAUCUGUCUGUAACAGAAGCAUAGUCCCGGAGAGCGUGCUCGAGGAAUGGGUUAUCUUGCAUGCUCCGUGACACCGGUAUCUUCUCAUCGCUGUUCGACGUGCUCUCCACUCCGGAAACAAUGAUCUUUUCCCCUUAGUGACCUUGUGUGCAUCCUUAAUCCUCCAGACCAAAUCGGGGCGUCUGCUGGUUCCCGCGUGCUGGCAAGGAGAUGGGGCGGAGGCUGGAGGCAGGCUCAGCUUCACUGCUCUGUCCAGUCUGGUUUGGCUCUGCUUCCAGAGAGUUCCCACCGACAGAGCCCAUGAGCCCUCCUGUUUGUUCCCGUCGGUGUUGCUCACACUGGCCCCGAUGCCAGAGUCUUCCUUUCAGCAGGACUUCCUGUCUGGCAGGUGGAAGAGGCUGGAGAGGGCCCUGGGCUGGGACGGGGAGCCCUCAGCUGUCAGACGGCCGCGCCAGCCUCCGCAGAGCGGUCACGUUGGGGAUGUGUGUUUCCAGCCCCUUGGGUUCUGCUCUUGUCUGGACAGCUCCGUGCGCUGGGCGCACCCUCUAUCAGCCUUUCUGGCUCAGCGUCCCUGCCUUUGCUGUUCUUCUGUGCUCUGCCAGCAAGUCCCCAGGUGGCACGUGUGGUGCCGCGGGUGGGAGACGCCGCUGAGAACCAGCCGCCCCGCUGUCUUCCCACACGUUGGUCUCCGAGUGGCGCCCUGAGCAGGGUGUGGACGCGGCCUGCAUGCCAGCGGGGUUGGGGAGCCCAGAAGGAUGCCUCAGCCAGACCGGAGGUGCCAGCAGGUCCUGAGGGAGGCCCCUCCCAUGGUGGCUGCCCCACAGCCUUCACAGCCACACCCGGCUGGUGAACUUUCUAGAACAUUUAUUUUUCAACCUAGUCCUACUUUUUUUUUUUUUUUUUUUUAACUUGUUUCUAUUCUUUGAGAGGUGAGAUCAGUUUGGCAUUUGGAUGUGGGUUAAGUGGAAGAAGAAACAGGACAUCACAGCCCAUCGGAGGCUGGGGUCUAGCAGGGGCUGCGUGUGCGUCCCCGAGGCUCCCGGUGUGAGGCCUCCCUGCCAGACGCCCUGUCCUUACUGGUAGAAGUCACGGUUCCCGUUCUGCCUCUCACGCCCCGGUCUGCCACUGAAGCCUUUAGAGCUUCAUCGAUAGAGGUUUUUUUUUUUUUUUUUUUUUUAAAUUAACAUACAAUGAAUUAUUUGUUUGGGGGUCCAGGUCUGUGAACCAUCAGUCUUACACAACUCACCGCGGUCAGCACAGCACACACCCUCCCCAGUGUCCACCCCCGGCCACCCCAGCCCUCCCAGCCCGUCCGGCAACCCUCGGUUUGCUUCCUGAGAUUAAGAGUCUCUUAUGGUCUGUCUCUCUCUCUGGUUUCAAGGCAGAGGGUCAUGGGGGAAGAGAGGAAAAAAUAGGAGGAGCCUUUAAUGGUUGAAAACUGGACCCACUUUGCUCCUUUGUACUUUGCCCAUGAGUUUCUGGGAAGGCUACUGAUGCCUCUGUCACAGGUCUUCGUUGGGCGAUCGUUGUCCAUGAACCACACUGAGGGUUUGAUGAUGAUCUCAGUACAGUCUUGGAGGAGAUCCCCGGUUGUCUCAGGGCUCAAGGAGUUGGUUCCCCGAAUUAGAUGUGUUUAGUAUUUAGGUGGCCCUGUCCUGAGUAUGUCCCCCAAAACCCCACAAGGUUCGGAAGGGCCCCUCCAAACAUUGCACAUGGGCACAGAAGUGGUUGACCUGGCCAUAAGAUAUCACGAAACUCAACAUAUUGCUUUGAAGAUGACAUUCAGGGGAUAAGCCUGGGGCUCCAUGAGUCCCCUGUGUCCCUCCCGGUCCCUCCUCCAUCUGGUGACAAGCCAUGGGCGUGCCCCGGGCAUGCAUGCAAUACAAAGACCAACAUGAGCAAUAUCGAAUCGUUCCCUAGAUCUAACAUGACAUAUACACUUCAUGUAUAUAUAUAUAUAUAUUUAUCUUCCUGCACUUUUGAGGUAUAAAGCCGUACAUUGUACAUACCUAUAAGCUAACAUACUUGUUUCACCAUUUCUAAUAUCGAAGAAAUGCUCCUUCUUUGUAGAACACACAACUGUUAAAGAUUUUAAAAACUGCUCUGUGAUUAGUUUCCUUUUCAAGAUCUGUAACAUGUCGCUUGUACAUAAGCUCUCUGAAAGCACCCGGCGCGAACGGGACCCACGGAAGCCCCCCAAGCUCCAUCCCAGAACUCGGACCUCCACAGGGACGUACGUGGACAGGAGUAUUUACAGAGCAUGACUUUUCUACGUGUGGGCUAUCAACGUGUCUAUUUAUAUUCAGGUGUCUCUUGUUACAUCUCCAUGAUCGAUUCUGUUUGAUUUACUCCUCAGUUACAGAAUCCACCCUUGCGUACCAGUUUCUAGUUGCCAGUGAUGGUCUGAAAAUAAUGAAACCGAUUGAAAUAAAGCUUCCAUUCUGACCCUC